ACUAUAGCUGUCAAUUGUAAUGUUUUUGUUUGUUGCACGUGCAUGCAAUACAUUGACUCAAAGUUUAACUAAAAAUAAAUAAUUAAUAAAUAAUUAUGCCACCGAAAGAUCCAAUUUCACUGAGGGAAUCGUUCCUCGCGGAAAACAACACCUACUCUGAAUUAGAGACGGAUAUGGAUGCGAAACCUAUUGGCAAAUUUGAAGAUAUUGAUGUGAUGGAGAACGAAAUUUGGUUCCUUCAAUGCCCCAAGGGGAUGGAUAUAAAAUCUCUGGAAAAUGAAAAAAUUAAAUUGCCUGGACGGACAACACUUAACGAGAUCGAGUCAGUUUCUGUGGACUUUGUGGAAGGAAAACAACAACACUCAUUUGCAUAUUGCAAUCGCAAUGGAAGAUACGAUUUACGACUACUUCCAGUACGUGGAACUAUUGUUUUGAGAAACCGUCUGAAAGCAGCCGAUAGUAUUACUGAAGAACGCGUUUCUGAAUGUUGCCCACCAUCGAAAAAAGUUCCAAUGCCUUCAAAAAUCCGUGUGAGGCAUCCAUUGUUAGGAUUCCAAUAUGAAGAAAAACUGGAAGUAGAUCAAAAUGUAAAGAAACGUCUACAAGAGGCAGACCAGAUAUCUGCAAAAAUUCUCAGGGAGAAUAUAGGCAAGAAAUUGAGUGAAAAUCCUAAGCAGAAACAGAUUUCCAAACCUAUUGAAAUAGACAGUGAAGAAGACGAUGCUGUACAAUUUGUAAGCGAAGAGGUGAUUAAGAAAAAGAAGCGAAAACACAGUGAGAGCAACAAAUCAGAUGAUGGUUCCAAAAAAAAGAAAAAAUCGAAAAAGUCCAAGAAAGGUGAUGACGACGAGGAGGUUUCAAAAGAUCUACAAUGGUUACAGAAUUUAUAAUAAAAACUAUCUAAAUUUAAAA